ACCGUUGCCAAACAUAAACUGUCCGACAAAUGUGCGAUCACGAUCACGGUCGAUAAUCCAAAAAAUACACAUUCUACAUCGUUCUCGCUCUUGCUGCAUGUCAACCUAACCCGAAGCUUGCUUAACUAAAUUACCAACGAAUUACAUCCAAUUGCCUCCGUGGUCCACUUGUGACCAACCGUCGUGCCCACCGCCACCGAAACGGUGCCCUGACAGUUAUGAAUGAUGAUCGUACUGAGAGGGUGCAAAUCUUGUCCACCUCUUUCACCCAGCUUCACUAAAAUGCACACAACAAAUAAAUAAAUCACGGUCGAAAAGAUGAUGCCAAGCUGUCUUCUACACCGACAGUAACCGAUAAAACGGAUCGCGACUGAUCACGGCAGACACGUGAGUGACCCAGUUCGAGUCGUUCGUUCCGGUAUCAGGAGUUGGUCUUAUUUCGUUGUGCGUUGUUGAUUGGAUGAUUGCGGAAAGAUAGUGAAAUGUUUCUCGACAGUUCCAUCACGGACUCGUUCGCACUUGGUACGCAAAUUGUGAGAUUUCGACUGUGACUGAGAAUCGGGCACUUGAAGUCAGAUCCAACUUUCGUUUCGACAACUCUGUGUAAACACCUACCAAACAAAGCACAAUGGCCGAAAAACCAAAGCGUCCUCUGUCUGCCUACAUGUUGUGGCUGAGCUCGGCUCGUGAACAGAUCAAGAAGGAUAACCCCGGCAUCAAAAUGACGGAAAUUGCCAAGAAGGGUGGUGAACUAUGGAGAGCAAUGAAGGACAAAAGCGAAUGGGAGAAUAAGGCCGUCAAACAAAAGGAUGAGUACACAAAACUCGUUCAGGAGUUUGAACGAAAUGGCGGUAGCAAGGACGCGGGUAGAAAAAAGAGCAAGGGUGCAAGGAAGGCUGCACCAAAGAAGAGCAGAAAUAAGGAUUCCGACGAUGACGACGAAGAGUCUGGUGAAGAAAGUGACUGAACCAAUCUCCUUAAAAUAAACAAAUAAAAACUGACAACAGUAAACAAUCAUUGAAACUACUUAACUAUCAUCAAAUUUACUGUGUAAUUACAACGACUAGGUUAAUUUAUUGGUUUAAGAUAAAUAUAGCGAUUUGUUUCGAAUAUUCAA